AUGGAAAACGUCACGAACAUCAGUGAGUUCAUCCUCAUGGGCUUCCCUACUGCUCCCUGGCUGCAAAUUCUGCUCUUCUUCAUCUUCUUCAUAACUUAUAUAUUUGUGCUUUUGGAAAAUAUGGUUAUCAUUCUUACUGUGUGGAUCACUGGGUCACUGCACAAGCCUAUGUAUUAUUUUCUGAGUACUAUGUCCUUUCUGGAGGCCUGGUAUAUAUCUGUCACUGUCCCUAAGAUGCUGGCUGGAUUCCUAUUUCGCCCCAAUACCAUUUCUUUCUUGGGAUGUAUGACUCAGCUCUACUUCUUCAUGUCCCUUGCUUGUACGGAAUGCGUACUUCUAGCUGCCAUGGCCUAUGAUCGUUAUGCGGCCAUAUGUUGGCCUCUUCGCUAUCCAGUCAUGAUGACCACAGGAUUUUGUGUUCAACUGACCAUCAGUUCCUGGGUGAGUGGCUUCACCAUCUCCAUGGCAAAGGUGUACUUUAUCUCACGAGUUGCCUUCUGCGGCAAUAAUGUCUUGAACCAUUUUUUCUGUGAUGUGUCACCCAUCCUUAAGUUGGCCUGUAUGAAUUUAUCUAUGGCUGAGACAGUAGAUUUUGCCCUUGCCAUUGUCAUCCUUGUAUUCCCACUCUUAGCCACUGUUCUUUCCUAUGGCUUCAUUGUCUCUACUGUCCUGCACAUACCCUCAGCCACUGGGCAGCGGAAGGCCUUUUCUACCUGUGCUUCUCAUCUUACAGUGGUGGUCAUCUUCUACACAGCUGUGAUCUUCAUGUAUGUCCGACCUCGGGCCAUUGCUUCAUUUAAUUCUAACAAGCUGAUCUCAGCCAUCUAUGCAGUCUUCACUCCCAUGCUCAAUCCAAUCAUCUACUGCCUGAGGAACAAGGAAGUCAAAGAUGCCAUCAGAAAAACCAUAGCAGGGGGCAGAGCACUGGCCUUGGGAAAGUCUAUUUCCUAA